AUGGCCUGCAUGCUGAUCCCUGUUAGAGUCGAUGAGCUUGAGAGCAUCUUUAUUGAAAGGCUCGGAGAUGCAGUCCAGAUUCCGUCCAUCUCUGCCUACGCAGAUCGGAGGAAAGAUGUGUUUGAGGUACGAAGCAAGAAGCCUAUUCAUGCCUACAAACAUUUCAAGAAGCCCUUAUUUGUAAAAUUGUGA